CACGCCACGUCAAGCAGUCGUUCCGUGUCGUGACACAUUACGCAAUGUUAAACAACUGAGUAAAACUUAUAAUUUAGACCAGUUGCCCAAAUUCCGAUCGACCCACCACGCGAGGCUCUAAAUCCACUGCUGAAACCUGCGAGAUGCUGCGCAAAACGGCGACAAUGGGACUCGUGGCGGCGGUGGCCGUGACUGCGGCACCAGAGCAAGGCAAACAGAGCUCCUCCAAGGCGGACAGCAGUUUGGUGUGCCGGCCCAGCGAGUUGCCCAUCUACGACAGCUUGCGCAAGCCAGAGCCCAAGCUGGAGAGGCACAGGUCCUCGGAUUCGGCGCUGCACCGCAACCUGGAGAGCGGCGUACGGUACGUGCGCGAGAGUGUAGAGGACAGCUACAAGUCCGUCGCCGACCAGGCCGGCAUUGUGGGCCAUUACCUGGAAACGGCCAAGGCCCAUACGCAGCACACGAUCGACAUCCUGAAUGAGCCGCAAAACUCACUGCACCGCAGCGGGGCCAUCGUGGUAGGCGGUCUCGCAGGUUUCAUCUUCGGCGCCCGCGGUGGUUUUAUUAAGAAAGUGGUGUACACUGGCAUCGGAGCGGGGGCGGUGGCCUCGCUGUGCUAUCCCCGCCAGGCGGAGGAGAACUGCCGGGUGGUGCUGUACGAGGGGCGCAAGAUCUUCGCCGUGGCCUACAACUUCGUGAAGGGCGUGAAGCCCGGAGAGGAGGUGCCCAUCGAGCCCAUCCAGAAGUUCCCUACCUCACUGGAGGACCUCAAGUAUUUGGCCAGCGACCUGGUCGACGAGGCCAAGGAGUUGAUCUUCCCCAAGAAGAAGUAGGAGCACCCCCAUCCGGCCGAGAAGUGUGCAUCGACUUAACAUGAGCCUAGUCUCUCUCCGAUUAUGUGAUCCAGCUGGAAUUCGUUAUCUCUAUUUGUGGUAAUCUUUCUUGUUGCCAGAAAUAAAUUGGCCUCGCGUCCCAAAAGUGAAAA